CCCAUCCAGUUUGGCGUCCGGCCCGGCCAUGAGCCGGUGCGCUGAGGCGGCGGCGGUGGCGGCCACGGUGCCGGGCGCUGGCGUCGGGAAGCCGGGACUGCGGCCGCCCAUGGUGCCCCGCCAGGCGUCCUUCUUCCCGCCGCCGGUGCCCAACCCCUUCGUGCAGCAGACGCGGAUGGGCGCGGCGAAGCGCGCCCAGAUUUUCUUUCUGGGACUUCUCCUGCUCCCACUCCGCACCUUAUUGCUUGCGUGUGUCUUAAUCCUGGCGUGGUCAUUUGCUGCGAUUUCAACAGUGUGCACCCCUGAAAAGCCGACCCACCCGCUGACUGGUUGGAGGAGGAAAAUUAGCCAACCAGUUUUGAAGUUUCUGGGCCACGCCAUGUUCCUUUCCAUGGGAUUUAUAGUCACCGUGAAAGGCAAGAUGGCUGAUUCCGCGGAAGCACCGAUCUUUGUGGUCGCCCCUCAUUCAAGCUUCUUUGAUGGAAUCGCCUGUGUCGUCACGGGGUUACCUUCCAUAGUAUCUCGAAACGAGAAUGUACAGGUCCCUCUGAUUGGCAGACUGUUACGGGCCUUGCAGCCAGUGCUGGUGUCCCGUGUAGAUCCAGAUUCAAGAAAAAACACGAUAAAUGAAAUAAUCAAGAGAGCUACAUCAGGAGGCGAAUGGCCACAGAUACUAGUUUUCCCAGAAGGUACUUGUACUAAUCGUUCCUGUUUGAUUACUUUUAAACCAGGCGCCUUCAUCCCGGGUGUCCCGGUGCAGCCCGUGCUCCUCCGGUACCCCAACAAGCUGGACACUGUGACCUGGACCUGGCAAGGAUACACAUUCAUUCAGCUUUGCAUGCUCACUUUCUGCCAGCCCUUCACAAGGGUGGAAGUCGAGUUUAUGCCUGUCCAAGUACCAAGUGAUGAAGAAAAAAGCGACCCCGUCCUUUUUGCCAGCCGAGUCCGGAAUUACAUGGCAGAAGCCCUGGGGAUCCCAGUCACAGACCACACCUAUGAAGACUGCAGGCUGAUGAUUUCAGCAGGGCAGUUGACCUUGCCUAUGGAGGCCGGGUUGGUGGAAUUUACCAAAAUUAGCCGGAAACUGAAGUUGGACUGGGAUGGCGUCCGCAAGCAUUUGGACGAGUACGCGGCCAUUGCCAGUUCCUCAAAGGGAGGACGGAUCGGGAUUGAGGAAUUUGCAGAGUAUUUGAAGUUGCCCGUUUCCGACGUCCUGAGACAACUCUUUGCACUCUUUGACAGGAACCACGACGGCAGCAUCGACUUCCGAGAGUAUGUGAUCGGCCUGGCUGUCCUGUGCCACCCUGCCAACACCGAGGAGAUCAUCCAGGUGGCCUUCAAGCUCUUUGAUGUGGAUGAGGAUGGCUACAUCUCCGAGGAAGAGUUUUCCACCAUCCUGCAAGCUUCGCUGGGAGUGCCUGACCUUGACGUCUCCGGGCUCUUCAAGGAAAUAACUCAGGGGGAUUCGGUUUCCUACGAGGAAUUCAAAAGUUUUGCCCUAAAGCAUCCAGAAUAUGCCAAGAUAUUUACAACAUACCUGGACCUCCAGACCUGCCACGUGUUUUCCUUACCCGGAGAAGGGCAGCCGCCUCCCUCCAUCGCCAGUAACCAAGUCAGCCCUGAACACCUGGGAGAGAGCCCGUCCGACAAAAAGGAUGACUGAGUGUAACUCUUCCCAGGCAGAAAGCCAGCGGCUCUUCCUUGGGAUGGCAAAGGCACUCACUGCUAGUGUUCUGAACGCGAUGGGACAAUACAGACGAUUGUCCAUAGUGUUUUAAAUGUGAUGUUAGUAGUGAAGAUGUUUAAAAGGGGAAACUUUUUUAUAAAAAUACUAGAUUUUUCUUACUGAAGUGCUUUCACUCACAUGUGUACAUCAAGCAAUAUUUCUUUUAUGUUACCCUAGAUGGAUUGAUUUACAAGUAAGUAUGCUUUUGUGGAUUUUCUAGCUUAAUUUGCAUAGGCAGGUAAAUGAACUGGUCUCACUUCCCUAGUGAGCAUUAAUGAUUGACUAAUGAACAUUAAUCAACUUUGUAAAAGCUAUAAAGAGGCUUUUUAAAAUCAAUUUCCCCUAAAGAAGUAAUAGUCUGUUUUCUCUAGUUCCUUCCCAGUCUGGAAAUGAGAAUGAAGCUAAUAAGAUACUUUUAACUUCACGAGUUCGUCUUUCCCAUUUCCAUUUCAGCUUCUAGGAUUACUGAAUUUGAGUGGCUUACAAGGGAAAGCACUAUUAAUUAGAUGACACUUCUUAAAAUAGUCUUUUCUUUAGCGUGCAUCUCUGUUACAGACUCCUUAAUCACAUGCCAAAGAAUUCCUACCCUUUUACAUGAUCUACAGGUUUAGAUCUUUGUUGUAAAGCAGCUACUAUCCCAGAGGCGAAGUGGGAACUGCCUAACUGAAGGCAGCAUUGAGCUCCUACUGAGGAAAGAAAAUUGUUUGGCCAGGUAUGGCUUCAUUUGAGUGAGAGUUCAGAAUGUAGCAGUUGCUCACUAAGUGAAUCAAAUUUGCUCUAUUUCUGUAAUACUAGAAUUAAUCUAUAUGCUCAUUCACAGAGGAGUUUUAUUUUGUUAAGUGUCCUCUCAAUGUUCAGAGCUUGCCUGAAGUAUAUACAGGGAAAAGAGUCCAAACUAUCACCAAAAGUUAAGGAACCCCAAAACCCACCUUUUUUUUUUUUCAAAACCCACCUUUUUAAUGGAUGGCCACAGUUUAGUCUCCAGGCAGGAACCUUGCAGGGACAUAUUUCCUUUAGUUGAGCAAUGAUUUUCCUCAAGUGCUAUUUCAUCAGAUGUCAAAUAUACAUACAUAUCAUUACCAUUUCUAUUUGAAAUUUUGAACAACGAACCAUUGUAUUAAAUGUACUGUACAAAAAAGAGUUGGUUCCCAUUCUGAGUUCAGUCUUUGAACUCGGUCUGUUUGGGCUGUGCUCCUAAAUCUUUUGGCAAUGUCACCUUCAAACUAGUUUUUCCAGGCCAUUCUGAACUUGAGAAGCUCCAUGAGAGGUGUUAGAGUUUAUAUUGAACCAAGAGUCAUGAUUUCAAAUUAGUUUUACAUAGUAAGCAGUAGUAAUCCAAUUUAAUAAAUAAAUAUUAAAUCUGCAUUGCUUAUUAAAACAUUUUAGCCUUAAGGAUCUAUGAUUGUUAUAUCUUAAAGCUUUAGACAAAGGAUUGAAUAAGCUGAAAACAAUUAUGUAGGUAAUUAAGAAAGUACACUUUUGUAAUAAUGUCCAUGAUAUGCAGUUGAAUGUAUGUAAUACUCAGAUACUGUGAUUUUUUUUACAGAAAAGCAAUACAUCCAUUAUGAACAAAUCACAUUGUAAAUUAAAGGCAUUCUCUGAAAGUUAUUCUGUUGUUUUCCUGUUCUAAAAUGGUGUUGUAUGCUCUUUCAUGCUACUUCUGCCAAUGUAUCUUCUUAUUUUAUUAUAUUACUGAAUAAAUAAACUUACA